AUGACUGCUGGCUCAAUACCGGCUCCUUCGAUUAUUCCUUUGCGUGCAGCCCAAUACGGACAAACACACAAAUUCAGUAUCGAUACAACAACAUUGAUUGAAAUCCAUAGUGAUGCACAAAAUGUUGACAUCUACUAUACACUGGAUGGUUCUAAACCAGAUGCGUUUACAACAAUAGCAACUCGACGUUCGACUAUUCAGUAUAAAAAACCAUUUCAUGUUCCUAGAAAAUUUGCCAAUUCCAAAGUAACGAUCAAAGCUAUUGCUGUGUCAAAAGAUGGAAUGCGAGAGAGUGGAGUUGUUACGAAAAAAUUUGAUGUACAACCUGGCGAUACAGAUCAUUCGCCAACCGAAGACAACGAAAAUAGGUUUGUUUAUGAACUGCAACAGGAAAGAAAGGAAUUAAUUCGAAAAAUUCAAGAUGAAAAUCAACAAAUGCAACAACAACUAUCUGAAUCAAUGCAACGCGCAGCGAAUGAAUCCAUCGUUCAAGAAAAGCCGCCUCGUUAUACAUACCCUGAUCCGCAAGCACAAGCGGGUCGUUUACAAAAGCAAACAGAUUUCCUUCGCUGUACUCAUUGCUUUGCACCACGAACAGGUGAUCUAUAUGCGCGAUUCUGUUCAGAGUGUGGUCUUCCUUGGCAAAGUCUAACUCAAACUCAACCUCGAUUACAUCAACCGGACGGUCAUUCGCUUGGUACAUGUGCCAAUUGCAAAUCAACAGUUCCAUUCAAUUCGGAAAUUUGUGUUGUUUGUGAAACUCCGCUUACACCUGAGUAUCAACAUCGAGUUAACGUUCAAAACCAGACAAAAAUCUUAUGUCCUCAAUGCAAAGCAACAAAUCCUGUACACUUACGUACAUGUAUUAUCUGUGAAAGCAAAUUAAUGCCAACCACAUCACCACAAGUUCAAGCAACGGUAUCCAUUCCAUUGGCUCCUAAACCAAAUGGUACGAUGAUGACAUGUUCGAAAUGUUUUCGUUUAAACAAUGCCGAUGCUCGUUUUUGCGAUUGGUGCGGUGCACAACCAGAACGAGCUUCUGUGCCAGUACAAUGUACCAAAUGUCGGGCUGAAAACGAUCCAUAUGCAAAGUUUUGUUUAACAUGUGGUUGUGUUAUUGAACCACCGCUACGUGUCAUCGACGCACGUCUUCGAAAUGAUCUGAAUAUCACGGCACCAUCAGUGCUUGGUGGUACGUCAACACGGCAUUCAGCUAGUCCAACAUGGUUAAAUGCGAAUGCAACGUUUAGUCACUAUCGUCAACCUUAUUUGAUCACUAAAAGUGAAGCAGCAACUCAAACACAUGGAAUUUAUUAUCCAAGUGCAAAAGAAAUCGAAAUUUUGAUCACACAAAAUAGGCAAUUACAAGCAGAUAGAGAUUUCAAAGAUCGUCGACCGAUAUUAACAUCUGUCAGUCCAGGCAAAGGAUACUGGAGACAACAGAUGGAUCACGUCUGUGCUCAUUUGAAAGCGUACGCUGUGAAUCGACCAGAUUUUCGAUCGUUAAUCGGUGAACCUCGUAUGGGCAAAAUGAUUCAUGCAAAUGUUCAUGAAAAUGAAUAUCAAGUAUCAAUUCAAGCUGUUUUUCGUAAACCAGAAAGUUUAAGUCAAUCAGCGUUUUAUAUCGAUGAAACCAACGGACAAUAUCCAAUGAAUAGUGAACGUAGUUCAACAUUCUCAAGCGCAUUCAAUUCAGAUGAUGAAUAUACACGGGAGAAAAGCAAAACAACAAAAACCAAGAAGCGACCUAAGAAACGCCCCCAAUCGGCCAGCGCGACUGGUAUCGAUAGUCAACCAAAUCGUGCUCUUUUGAAACUACUCGAAAGACAAGGUGGUGAUACUAACAGAAAAUCAUCCAAUCGCGUUGAUAUUUUACACGAAGUAAAACAAUUAUUAAAAGAAGGUGCCGAUGCAAAUCUGCGUAACAAAGAAGGUUUCACUGUCCUACAAUUGGCUAUACGUAAUCAUCAUCAUGAGUGUAUCGAAAUGCUUAUUAAAGACGGCAAAGCUGUACUAGAUAAAAGAGGACCACGAGGUAAUACGGCCUUGCAUGAAUGUUGUUUACUUAAAGAAGAAGGCAUUGAACCACUAAAAAUUCUUCUCAAAAAUGGUGGCGAUCCAAGUUGGAUGAAUGACAAGAAAGAAACGGUUAUCGAUGUGGCAACGAAACAAAAUUCACGCGAAUUGAUGCAAGUCAUCGCGUCUCAUCGAGGCCAACAAAUGAUCGAUCGACAAAACCGAAUCUAUGAUGAAUACGCUCGGAAUACAAACAUGGAUGGUCAUCGAUCGUCAUAA